GUUCUGGAUGACAGUCGAGUAGUGGAAACAGUCCUCAUGUCUUCAUUUCCUCGUAAAUCGACUGCUCUUGCUUUUUUUAUAAUCGAAAGGGCCAUGAAAAAUGGAGGAUGACUUUUUUGGAAGGUAUAAGUUAUCGAAUGAGACAAUAGAGAAGGUAAAAGGUGUCAGGGAGGCCCUCCAGGGGAGUCCAGGGUCCUCCGACAACAAAUGGAAGACACUAUUCCAAGUUGAGGACGAGACUGACAUUUCCAGGAAUCCCAUGAAAGAUGAUCCUAUAGAAAUUGGUAGUAAAUCCUCUCAGAGGUUUGAAGAACCUGAUAAUGAUGACGUGGAAUUGCCGUCCACUCAAUUCUAUUUCACUCAGACAAAACUCGAGGAGAACAAUUGCUCUCCCUCGACGAAAUUCACGACGAGAUCUCCAUCAGAUAUCAUCAAGUCGCUUUUGGAGAUCCUGGAAGCAAGAUGCCUGGAUGCUGAAGAUAUGAAUGAUUUGACUGAUGCGAAUGCCAUAGAAAUCGUUGAGAAUUUGGCGAAGAGACUGAGUUCCAGGGGCUCUUAUAAUUUCUGUUGCUCGAUUUGCGAUAUGGAGACGGGCCUGGGAACUUAUUACGCCAGGAUCAUGUGCUCAAAGUUACUAUUUCAAAAGAUGCUGCAGUUGGAGAAAAAUUCAAAUCGUGUUGACUUGUCAACGAUAACAAAAAUGGCUGAGAAGUUCCCGGAUGAUGUGAGAAAAUGCCUCGUAGUUCCCCUGUUCAAUGCCAAUUUGAAGAAUACUAAAAUUAUUUUGAUGUUGAUAAAGAGCUACGCCCCAUCCGCGAAAAAAGAACUCAUAUCUGAUUUCCUUGAAGCUGUCGAUGAGCUUCAGCCCUGGCACGUGACAGUCCUGCAAUCUCUGAUCGAUAUUCAACUCGAUGAAGACACAAUGACUCGAAUCCUGUCGCUUUUGGUUGACAAAGCACUGGCUUAUGCUGAUGACAAGAACUACAGCCAGUGCAUAUUAUCACUCCUGAAGACACAGUCCCCAUUCACCGAUAACCAGAGGAAUAUGUUGCAUGAGAUGAUAAUCACACAUAAAACAGUUUUCAAAAAACCAAUGAAGAAUUUGUUCGACAAAAUGUUUCGUCAUAGAGAUAUGUGGCAUAUUUCUUAAACAGAAUAAUGGAUUGAAAACAUUUUAUCCUGUAAUUAAAAAUUCAGAAUUUACGGGAAAAAUUAAAUUGUUACGACUUUUGACUUUCCGCUCCACAUUAUCCUGAAACUCGAUAAAAGUCACGAGAUAUUGCUAUUGUACUGCAAAUUCAAAUAAAUUAUUAUUUAAUUAGAGAAUCAAUAA